GAAUAUGAUGAUUGUGAGAUAAAAGAAUAUGUGGGGGCUGCUUGUAAGGCAUAUGGACUAAAAAUGAUAGAUAAAGAAACGGGCAAAGAAAAGACAUCACUGAGAGUUCGAGGAAUAACACUCAACGCAGAUGUGUGCAAGAAGCUUCAUUACAAAUCAUUCCGAGAAAGUGUUUUGGAAUUUGGACGAAUGAUGGAAAAGAAUGAAUCAGAAGGUACAGAAAAUGAUUUAAUUUUAGUCAAUUAUCCCCAUUUCAUAAGACCCAAUAUUAAGAAAGGCAUUGUAUGUACCACACACAUUUCCAAAAAAUUUAGCCCUAUUAUUUUAAAAGGAAUUGUUUUACCAAAUUAUAGAAUUGUUGACUUUGGUUAUAAAUUGUAA